AGACGCGAGGAAAAUCGGAAAUAAUAACAAUGCCGGAUCAGAAAGAAGGAGAUCCUUUGGCUACCAAUGAGGAAGAACCCACGAAUGUCUCAUACGUUUUCCCAAAUGGGGACAGAUAUGAGGGGGAAUGCUGCAGAUCUCUGUCCGGAGCUCUGGUGAGGAAUGGAACUGGCAAACACACCUCCGCAUAUGGUGUCACAUACACUGGAGACUGGUGCAAUGACAAAAUGCAGGGCAGAGGGACCCUGCAGCAUCCCUCUGGAGCGGCGUAUGAAGGGGAAUUCAAAGACAACAUGUAUCAUGGCGCGGGGACAUACACCUUCCCAGACGCAUCGGUUUACAAAGGUCACUUUCAAAUGAACAGGCUGGAAGGAGACGGGACCUUCGUGGACUCACAGGGAGCGGUUUGGAAGGGCGAGUUUCACGGCACGGCGGCACUCGGCCUUAAAAUGGAGCACAGCUUAUGAAAACAAGAGGAGCUUCUGAAUUACUUUGUUU